CAUUCAAGCGAGUACGAGCGGUUACCCUGGAAAGCCAUGUAUAAAAGGCUCUCUGCCUGGCACUGUUUCAGAACAGUUGGCUAAACGUGUGACUUUAAAGCAUCGACGUUUAUUAAGUACCUACAUAGGAUUAUAACAAGACAUACUGUGUCAUAUCAGGCAAUUGGCUUACUUUUUUUAAUUGGCUGAAAGCUUCGAAAUAGUAUCAAGACCAACAAAAAGCACUCAUGACUUUGGAAUCAGUCUUCAGAAACUUUAACUUUAAAGCUUUCAAGGAUCUGGAUAUAAAUCGAAAGAUGAAGACGAUCUCUGAUGGAAACUCCAACCCGAUCACAAAAGAAGCUAUCAUCAAGGAUGGCGUCAUUGAGAAACGUCGAGAUUCAAAGAAACUACCGAACAGUAGUUGGCGCCCAAAAUUCUGCGUGUUGACUGCUGAGAGUUUAACUCUCCACAAGAAAGCAUCGUCAGAUGAUACAGAGUACUCGCAUAGGAUUUCUCUUAUGGAGGUAACAUCAGUAGAAAAAAUUGAGAAAGGCAGACGGCAUAUCCAUUUUGAUCUGGUGACACGGAUGCAGAGACUAGGCUUACGGGUUCCUUCAAAAGAUGUCGACUGGCUAAUCCAAAUACAACUAGCAGUGGUCGCAUGCAAGAACAGAGAUGACUUCAGACGAGAACUUACUACAAAAACGUCUCUAAUUGCGACGAAGUACAAUUUAAAGAAGAAUCCAAAGAACUUAGAAGAGGUCAUACUAGAUAAAGAUGCUGAAUAUGGAGAUGGAAUCGGUAUUACGAUUCGACGAGCAGGAGGAUGUAUUGUUGUUUCAAGAAUUCUGCCCGACGGACCAGUUGAGAGAACACAAAAGCUACAACCAGGUGAUGAAAUUCUCAACGUCAAUGGAAUCGAGAUAUUGGAUCAAGAAGCAGAAGAGGUGGCCCAGCAGAUUCGAUCUAUCCAAGGAUCAGUUGUUUUACUCAUAAAACCACUCAUCAAAAGUCAAGACGGCGCUGAUGAUUCAGAACAAGAUAUUUCUACAUCAACAAGACCUCCAUUCUUUGAGAGGGGUGCCCGUGUAACUGUACAUGCAGAUAUGCAUAACAGUGCUUAUAGAAGUUACCAAGCAUAUCGCCCUGUCCGACCACUGAGUACACCUAUACCACAGAACUUUGACGAGUUAGAGUCGACGUACCACCGCGAUGUUCGGAAUGAAAACCAUGACAAUAACCGAAGGGAGAGCGAAUCAGGAGACAGUAGUGACCAGGCAACAAACGUACCAGAACCUACAGUUAGAAAACCUAUGGAAACUGCUUUAAAUUAAACCUAUUAUAAAACUGUAAAUCUGGAAAAGAAAAUAUAUGACAAUAGCCCAUACUGAGACGACAGAGUAAUACAUAAAGUAGACCUCUUAACACAAAAAUACAAUUAUUAAAUACAAACAAUUCUUUAUUAAACUGGGCAACUGGCCAGAUGGUAAGAGGCCGAGUGCCAAUAUUUCGGGUUCAAGAGAGGACGGGUGGCUACGGUUUGGUGGCAAGGGGCCAGGUGGCAAAGGGCCAGGUGUAAACGGGCCUAGUCCUUAGCUGAAAUAUAUAUGCUUAUAUAACCUAAUCAAUCAAUUUCUCUUCUGAUUUAAUACGUAACGUAAUGAAUACAAUAGGCCCAAUGCGUUUCAAAUUAUGUAUAUAUAUGUAAAUAUGAGAGAGUUUUAAGUAUAUUAAAUAUGCUGAUUCAUUAAUGUUAUGUUCAAUGCGAUGAUCCAAGAACACGGUUUUAAUCAGAAAUGCUAUUACCAAUCUGUAGAGGCCUUAAUUUGAAAUUCACUCGUUCCACAUACUAAGUUGGCCUACAACGAUUAGCCUUCAACGAUUAAGCAUAUUUUAACUUUUGAAAACAGUAUGCCGGUACCAAACGUUUUGCCUGUGGAUAUUUUAUAGUAAGCAUACAGUACAUGCUAUUUUCAUAAACAGGCAUCACUGGAGACUUUUGUACAAAAUGUUUCUGCACACAAUGCACUCCCUAUAGUUUUUACCAUUAUUCUACAAGACUUGUACGACUAUUUAUAUUAUUCGUUCAUGUAAAAUAUCAAGGUAUAAAGAUUAUUAUAUGUUGUUAAAAUAAUAUUAACCAUUUCGUUGUCGACUCUGUUAUAUAUGUUGAAUGUUUUUGAAUAAAAUGUUGAAAUAAAUAA